AUGAACUUCUUCUUAGACUAUGCAAUUUGUAACCGUGGGACCAGCGCCUACGCGCCCAAGGACUACCAGGCCCUCGACCCGGGGACCCCCUCCUUCCCAGCCUGCUCAGGUACCUCUCCUUCCUGUGACAGCUACACUUCCGACGGACGCUUCGGGGCGACGGGGGUGGGUCCCGGUGGGCCCAACGCCCACUACCAGCAGAGCGCCAGCUACCCACCUCCACUCCCCCCCAACGCAGCCGGCCUUGGCGUCUCCUUCGCCGGGUCAUCUCCGCCAGGAGGAGGAGGAGGAGGAGGAGGGGGCUUCCCGGCCCCCAACUGCAGCCCCGGCUUCGUCAACCAGCCCUUCUACCUCAACCCGCCGGAGACGGAUGGAGGAGCCUACUUCCAGCCCUCGGCCUACCCGACCAACGUGGCCGCCGCCGCCCCCUCUUCUUCCAGCCUGGGGAGUUUGUCGGACGGGGGCUUCUGCGCCACCACGGGCCAGUUCCAGCCCCAUCUCUAUGGGCCCGAGCCGGGGGGCUACUUUGGCAGCCUCUCCCCGCCCUUGCAGGAGAACAAAGACCCGCGGCCUUGCUCGGCCCAGCCAUGUCCCGUGGCUUCCACCGUCACCCAGACCUUUGACUGGAUGAAAGUGAAAAGGAGCCUGCCCAAAACCACAGCGAAAGCGGCGGACUACGGCUUGGCGGUCCACCCCAGCUCCAUCCGGACCAACUUCACCACCAAGCAGCUGACCGAGCUGGAGAAGGAGUUCCACUUCAGCAAGUACCUCACCCGGGCCCGGCGGGUGGAGAUCGCCGCCACCUUGGAGCUGAACGAGACCCAGGUGAAGAUCUGGUUCCAGAACCGGCGGAUGAAACAGAAGAAGCGGGAGAAGGAAGGGCUGGCCGGCUUCGCCUCGCUGGCCGGCGCUGCCAAGGAGACCGGCGAGGCCGCCUCGGACAGAUCCAGCCGCUCGUCCACCCCCAACGCCUCGCCCAGCUCGGUGUCUUCCUGA